AGUUUUAGGAAUCAGAAAAACAAUGAACUCCCAGCAAGAAUGGGAACAUGCAUAUAGCCUUGCUGAACGAAUGUAUAAUAAGCAAGCACCGACUAAAAGGGAGGAGCUGAAUCCAACGGAGAGGGUGAUUUGUUCUCGAUUCGAAACAAUCUUCGAUUAUGACCCGUUCAAAGAUGAGUACACAUUUCGUGAUCAAGCUUUAUUGUUCAGUACUCCUGUUCAACCAAAAUGCCGCACCGUUGCUGAGGCGGAUCUUCACGAGCUGAAAGAGAAUACAGCAAAGCUCAACAUUCCCAUGCCAUCCUAUAUCAAUAUAUGUCCAAUUUACGCUUUGCUUCCGUUCACAGUGCUUGUCUUCAACAACUCCCAACAUGCACACAAAAGCCUUAGCGAUGAUAUGGAGCGAGCUGCAGCAACAUUCAGAAAUCCCCAUGAGUCCGAAAUCGUUCCAGGAGCAAUGUACAUUUUUAAACAAAAACAUGGAAAAGCUUACCGUUGUAUUAUACUCUCCGAAGACGGAGAUAUGAACAUACCAGACGCUGAGCGAAAAUAUCUCGUUGCAUUCAUUGACAAUGUGCAAAUAGUAUCUGUUAAGCAGAAGACUCUUUUCGUUUCCGACCAAUUUUCAAUUAAAGACUAUCCAUGUGCCCUUCACUGUGCUCGUAUUGUUGGCAUCUCGGCUAUCAGAAAAAGUUACGUUUCGGGGAUGAACCAAUUUAUUCUUAAUUUUUACGAUGCAAAAGAGAAGCGAAAAGCAGGAAUGUUUGCAUUCAUCUACAAACUGGACAAGGAAGAGAAAAAACUGGUCAUCGACUAUCCUUCUCUUCUUGGAACACCGAAAACCACUUCUACAGAAAUAAGAACUGCAGUUGGUCAUCAAAUCGUUGCAUCGAAGGAUCCCGUUAGUUUGACAUUUGAGCAAUUAAACAAGAAGGAGGUUCCGGAGUUCAAAUAUUUGAAUAGCACUGAUGAUGAUAGUGAUGUGGAACUCGAUCUUAUCGAACAUGACACGAAAUCAGUGAAUCCCGUCGCUUCAUCGCAUCCGACGUCUUCUAGCAUGGACGAUUGCCCAUAUGGGAGAGCUAGCAUAGCACGGGCCAAAGACUAUCAGCUUCGACUCCCACCACACUCUCAGAAGGGACUCUCUAGCUCAAGUCUUCUCGGCAGUAGUUAUCCAGUGAGCAAUUCAAUCAAGAACGAUAUUACUAAACAGUCGGAAUCGAAUCGAGCUGAUGCUACAAAUAUUUCUUUUUCGAGCUUUGAGUCUACGAAAAGCGACAUUUCACCUCAAAAUAAUCAAAAUGUGGAAGAAACAUCAACGCCAACAGUGCCGCCGAAUUCUACUAUACAGGAAAACGAGGAAGAUGAAAUAAUGUCUCCUGCAUCAAUUAUUCGAGCGCCAUCAAGGCUAGCUGGCUCACUAAACAAAGUCUCAAUUGAGCGUCCAAAUACGCCAUUGCCAACAUCUUCCAAAAAUUCUGAACACAACAUGUCGGAAAUAAGCACAUAUGAAGCGUCUUCUAUUUCAAGUCAUCACCUUGUUCCACAAUCACCAUCCGUUCCAAAAACGAAUUAUACUGUUCCAGUCGUGCAGAGACCAUUGACUGCUCCAGAGAAAUUCAGAGAUCCGUUUGGAGGACCCGGCUCUAGCGAUAUCCUGAAUACGAAGAUGCUUUGUUCAGAAAAAAACAUCGUUCCCUCAAAUAAAUUUGGUCGCCAGAUUUCGCCAGGCAAAGAUGACAAAAAUGAGAAUUAUCAAUAUAGCAGAAUGGAAACAAAGCCCCAAACAUUGUUCGCUCCAGUCCUUGAUGAAAACCAACGGCAAUCAUCGAGUUCUAACAUGAUGUGCCAAAUUCCAGAUAUUUCGAGCGUUGCUCAGGGAUCCAACGCUCCAAAGACUGCUCCAAACGAUUCGGUUAACAGCGUUGCUCCAGAUGAUAUUCACGAAACCGAUAAACGUGGAAAUCAUUGUAAAAGUGUAACUGAAGAUCCGAAAGACAAUAAAGAUCCCACGGCGGUGACAACUUUGGAGGAUCCUGAUAUCAACGAUGAGAACUUCAGUGUACAGUCGAUCUGCUCAGAAACAUUCGUAGAAACUGAUCAAAAAUUGAUGGAAGUCGAAACUGGAGCUGAUGCAUUCACCGAAUCUAUUACGGAUCAAUUCGCUCAAAUGUCUGAAGGACUGAAAAAACUCGCAAUAAAUCUGGCUGAUUCCGUUCGAACUGCGGCAAUAGAAAAGAAUCAUGAUGCGUUCAUUGCUAACAUUCACGCAAUGGAAAUUAUCUCAAAGAAAGUCCCCGAUGAUAUUGAUAAGCGCUUUUGGAAAAUGAAAAUUGUGGAGGCUAGGAAGUUGGAAGCCGCGUUCGACUAGUAUUAUUUCAUUAAUAUUUUUUAUGUCUUAGUCUCCACAUUCCAGUAUAUACAGAUCCUCUGUUGUUUCUUCUAUUUGAUUUUUUUUGAAUUCCUAAUGUCUUUUAUCUUUGUUUCAUCAUCCAAAAUUUAAACUGAAAAUAUAUCCCUCCGGUAAUGUUGUUGUUGUUUAACUAAUAAUUUAACGCCUGCCUUGUUUUGUAGAAUUCGAUAACUAGAUAGUUGUCGAAUAACCGAGUGUAUGCGUAUUUUAUGAAUUUUCAGAAAUGAAGAUUGUUUUAUUAAAAAAUAAAUCGUUGAACGCUAAAUU